GGAGGACACCGUGCUGGUCUGUUCAAGAUGACACAGAUCUACAGCCAGAAUGCAUUAUCUUUUUUAGUUGUUGAAAUGGCGGUUUUGUGCCUCGCCACAUUUCUCUAGAAGUCCUUUUUUUUUUUGUGUGUGUUUUUUUUGUUUUUUAAAUAAGCUGCAGGGCCUUGAGAAACCAAUCUCCGCCUUGAUGGUAUCUGGACAGCAGCGCACUGCUCAGGCGACUGGCAGCUCUCUGCACGGAUGAUAAAGGACUUGGGAAAGGAAAUAGUCAAGAUGGCAGCUGUGUACGGAAUGAUAAAGCUGAUGUGCUGACAUUAGAUGAAGUCAUUUUCAUUUUCUUCUGGCAUGCACGUCGCAGGAUCGCGGUGCAGGACGCGGGCGCUUAGUAAAGGAACGCCGUUUGGAUUCCUCCAAGACUCUCCGCGGACUCUUCCUAUCUUUAACUCCACAUUUCGCGAAAUUGCAAUGCAUGUUGGUCAGGGUGUGGGCUGUGCAUGAGAAAAGGCAAUGUUUUGUUAAUGCUGGUCAGCCCGAUCCGCUGUGUGUGCCGCGGAUAGACGCCUUGCAGGAGGACAGAUAGACAGACACGUGCUGGGACUGGGCUGCAGGCUGGACAUUUGCAUAUCGUGCAUAGUAAAUAAAGUGUCCCUGAAGCCUGAACACAACAUUGAUGGAAUGCGACCCGAGUGAUUUUAUAACCCUUUGUGCAACGAACGAGAUAUUGCGAUUAACAUGGCUGAGGCGCCGCGCAUCGGCGACGAGCCUCCCUUAAACGUUGAGAUAGAUCCGGAUUUCGAGCCUCAGAAGCGGCCACGGUCCUGCACUUGGCCCCUGCCCCGACCGGAGUCUGGUGCGGGCAAACCCGGGACAAAUGACACUGACGUAAUCCCUGAAGAAGAGGAUGAUGAGGGCGGCAGCACGGGGAGCGGCGCUGCUCAGAAAGCCAGCUGUGGUGUUAUUAAAGCCCGGGAGCAGAGCAGCAGCAGCAGCAGCAGCAGAAGCUCCAUCUCCCAGCCCGUGGAGGUCCAGCGCGGCCCCUGCAAGGAGGAGGCCGCCGACGGCUCGCCUUCCUCCGCGCAUACCCCCGCCGCGGCUCUGGGCGGCUCUGCCUCCCAGCAGCUGAGGAAGUCCUCCGCCCGCAGGAACGCCUGGGGCAACUACUCCUAUGCAGACCUCAUUACCCAAGCCAUCGAGAGCUCCCCCGAGAAAAGGCUGACCUUGUCCCAGAUCUAUGACUGGAUGGUGAGGUCUGUGCCAUAUUUCAAGGACAAAGGCGACAGCAAUAGCUCUGCUGGCUGGAAGAAUUCCAUCCGACACAAUCUGUCCCUCCACAGUCGUUUUGUGAAAGUCCAGAAUGAAGGGACAGGAAAAAGUUCCUGGUGGAUGGUCAACCCAGAAGGUGGGAAAGGAGGCAAAGCUCCUCGACGACGUGCUGUAUCCAUGGAUAACAGUAAGUACAUCAAAGGAGCCCGAGGCCGCGCCACCAAGAAGAAAGCCUCACUGCAGGCCGCUCAAGAUGGCAGCUCUGAGAGCUCCUCAAGCCUCUCCAAAUGGACAGGAAGCCCCACUUCCCGCAGCAGUGAUGAGCUAGACGCCUGGACAGACUUCCGCUCCCGGACCAAUUCCAAUGCCAGCACACUCAGCGGUCGUCUGUCCCCGAUCCUGGCCAACCUGGAGCUGGAUGAGGUGCCUGAUGAUGACUCUCCCCUCUCCCCGAUGCUGUACUCCAGUCCCAGCAGCAUGUCCCCGUCCACGGGGCCCACAGGGCUCUCUGACCUGGCAGGUACCAUGAACCUCAACGAUGGACUCUCUGACAACCUGAUGGACGACCUUUUAGACAAUAUCAGCCUGACAGCAUCCCAGCAGCCUCCUCCUGGAGAGGAAGACAACGGAGCAAACGGUCAGGGGAGCUCAGUGUUUACCUUCAGCUGCUCAGGAAGCAGUCUGGGUAGCCCCUCUGGCAGCUACGGGCCGAACCCCCUUUUCAGCCCGCCGUCCAUCACGAGCCUGCGGCAGUCCCCCAUGCAGACCAUUCAGGAGAACAAGCAGACCACCUUCUCCUGCAUCUCGCACUUCAGCGACCACCAGACCCUGCAGGACCUGCUCAGUCUGGACUCCCACAGCCACAGCAAUGUCAUGCUCACCCAGUCCGACCCGCUGAUGUCGCAGGCCAGCACCGCUAUUGCCCUGCAAAACUCCCGCCGAAACGCCAUGCUGCUGCGCAAAGACCACAUGUUGGUGAACCACACCAGUGCAGGUCAGGCCCAAAGCUCUUCAGUGCCUGGUUGGCAAGCUGGCUUGUCAACCUCUGACAACGACGCCAGUCACGCCGACACCAAGCAGCCGCACCUGAAGUCUCCCAGCAAGAACGCCUCUAUGCAGCUCGGCUCUGGCUUGUCCGGCCAGGACCGCUUUCCUGCCGAUCUGGACCUCGACGUGUUCAAUGGCAGCCUGGAGUGCGACAUGGACUCCAUCAUCCGCAAUGAACUGAUGGACGCAGAUUGCCUGGACCUCAGCUUCGACUCUUGCCUCACCUCCGCCCAGAACGCCAACAGGAAUUCAGGAAGCUUCGCGAGCUCAAAACAGACCUCGCCUCAAAGCUGGGUCCCAAGCUGAGAAGCUCUGUCAGAGCGCAGCAUGAUUAAAAAAAGAGAAGUGGGGAAAAUGUAAAUUUGGUUUCAUUGUCCUGCAUUGUGCAAGUAGAGGGAAGGAAGUAUGUAAAAGUGUAUUCAUGUAGUAUUUUUUUUUUCCAUUCUGUUUAAUGUGAGGCAUUAAGUUGGGUACUGUAUUUUAAGUGUCUGAGACACACAAUAGUGUCUUCACAGUGGAAAAAGAAAAUUCUUUAAAAAGAUCAAUGCCUGGGCGGUGUGAACAACAGUACUGACUGGAAGUACAGGACGUUUUGUUAAAACUAAAUGAAAAGCAUCAACUCGUGUUAGUCUCAGGGAAUCACUCGUAUCACAAAGUGAUACAUGAAACUGAAGAUGAAUUAUUAUCUUUUCACCCUGCUUUCUCCUCUUUCACACCCUUUCAUACCUAAACCAACAUUUUUGCCAAACCAGCUGUCAGCCUGUUGUUGGGGUGACAGCCUGUUUACAGAAACAAGCUGCAGAGAAUGUUACAUUAUUACGUUCCAGUGGAGGAUACUUGACAAGCGUUUGUUUUUUUGUUUUUUUGUUGUUUUUGUUUUUUUAAAGUUUCUUUGAGAGACGUAGCCUAAAUGGACUAAAAGAUUUAAAACAAAUGUUAAUGAAAAGCUUUUUUUUUUUUCCCCAUUGAUGCACCAAGUCAUGCACCAAAUAUCAAUCUGUAGAGGUUAAUAUGUUAUCAAGAUGUGAACUGAUCUACAUUGUGUGGUUUUUGUAUGUAAUGUUUUAUUUUUAUUUAGCAAAUUUUACCCUGUGAUUUUAGUGACAUUACUGUGAAUUCUGUUCCUUCAGAAGAGGUGCAUUACUGAAGUCUUGAUGAUAUGGUGUUUCUGCUGCAGAUCCCUUUUCACCAUCUUCCCGCCUCCCCUUGUCCUCCUCUUCCUCCUCUUCCACUUACUGCAAUAUUGGAAGUACUGUUCAGUAUACAGAGUUUAGGACAGAAUUAAGGCCAUGAUUUCGCUCUAGUUGACACCAUAGUUGACACCAUUUACAUUAGUGAACACUUAGGACUAUUUGGAUUAAAGAAACCACACUUGGAGACUCCACAGCACUCGACUACAAUAUUUUGGAGUUUGUUCAUUUUCGAAGGAGUUCUUGGUGCUAUAAAUAAGAAGAUAGCAGGGAGUGGCUGCAGACGGAGCGUCAGUAGUUGCCUCCCGUUUUGUUAUCAGCACUACAGCAGGUGCUGGGGAAAAUAGUGUUUCUAACCCUGUGAGAGGAGGAUGUGUAGUAUCUUAGAGCCAUUUUUGUCAUUUGAGAAAGGAGCAACCACAGUAUUUUAAAUAUUGCCAAAAUAUUUCUGCAUUUAAAGAAGUGGAAAUAAGAGGAUAUACAGUGUAUAAAUAUUAGGAGCCAGUGCUAUAAGGGCAAAAAAAAAAAGAAAUCGACAUCAGCACAGUUUUUGUAGGACCAGCAGGAGGUUACUUUUUUGUGAGUUUGUCUCCUUGCUAAAUUGAACUCUAUCAUUUUAAAAUUUGUUUUAUUAAUUUAAUUUUCUUAUUGUGAUCCUGCAUGUUUUACCCCAUGUAUACUGGGUUAGAGCUGUGUAAAAGCACUUUUAUGUUAACGGUUUGUCGCCUACAUUUUGACCACCUCAGUUGGGUAUUGAUCAGGACAGACGGCAAACGGAUCAAUGAAAUUGGUGUCCUCGAUAAGAGUUAUUGAGAAAAAUUCUUAAUGUUACACACUCUUACAGUUAACUGACAUUAAUGUGACAGAAAUAUUUAACCCCUAUGGCUGAAUUUUUGAUUUAGGAAAAAAUAAAUUCUGCACAAAUGUGCUUCCAAAUAUGGUUUCGUAGCUUCAUUUCAUCCUCAAAAUAUAAAAAUACUGACUUGAAGCUUUUUUUUUUUUUUUUCUACAUUAAUUUUGAGUAACACUCACUGCCAAUAUCCAUUCUCCAUUUCUUCCUAUUGUUCCUACAAAAAAAAGAGACAUCAAGUUGACAUUGUCAGUUGUAAUUCCAAUUCCUAUCUUGGUUGUAUCAGAGAUGGUGCAUGUAAAUAAAGCUUA